CUGUACCAAGUACAACGCUACUAGAACGCAAUGGACAGCCUCUUCUGUUCGUUCGGCAUGUUCAUUGUCGAUCGCAUCGUCGAGGAAGACGGCCGUGUUAUGGAUGACAUUCUUGGCGGCGCAGGACUCUACGCAGUGAGCCAACGCUCUACCACGACACGCUGACCUCAGGCUGUCGGCGCACGCGUCUUUGAAGAACCAGGCAGGAUUGGUUUCAUUGCAGACUAUGGCAGUGAUAUGACACAGGCCAUGAAGGAGACCAUCCAAUCCUUUCAAUUUGACUUGCGUGCGCGCGUUAGCUCAGCACGGCUAUGCACGCGUGGUCUCAAUACAUACAGGCAGGGCGUACGAGCAUUUGAGUACAUGACACCCAAGAUUCGCAUCAUGGUGGAUGAUCUGGAUGAUCGGUUAGCAGCCAGUCGCAGCUUCCACCUCAUUUGCUCACCAAAACGCUGUGUCGAGCUCGUGGAUUCCCUCAUCAAACGACGAGAAGCACUGGGUAUACACAUUGAGCCAUGGACUAUCUGGGAGCCUGUACCAGAUGCUUGCUUCUAUACACCAUCGCAGCGUGCAGACUUUGACACUGCGAUGGACCGCGUGAGUCUCGUGAGUCCUAAUGCGCAUGAGUUGUGCGGCAUACUGGGCGUUGGCCAACCACCUGCUGAUGUGCAAGAGCUUCAGCACCUGACACAGCUGACAAGAACGCUCAGCAAGUCUUGCAUCAGGCUUGUGGUGCGUGCAGCACAUCUAGGAACACUGCACUGUUCACAAGAUGGCGAGGUUCACCACACGCAUGCAUACUUCGCACCUCAGGACGCACCUAAAAUUGUGGAUACAACAGGGGCUGGCAAUAUGUUUUGUGGCGCGUUGGCUGUUGCCCUUGCGUUGGAUUGCACGCUGGAUGAAGCUGUCGUCAGGGGCAACGUCGCUGCCGCUCUGGCCAUUGAGCAAACAGGCUUACCUGUGGUGGCAGAGUCAGAAGGUGUGAGUCUAUGGAAUGGACGUGACGUCCAAACCGCUCUGACAGAGUACAGAGAGCGUAUAGCAGCGUAGAUAAGCCCAACUAUCU